AUGCCGCACCAGAGCCAGACCAGCGGCUCGGCAAAGUCACCAUUGCUGCUCCUGAGGCCCCAGGAGCUGCACUUUGUCGACGGCAAAAGCCCGCCAAGUCCUCCAGAGGGAUGUCCCUUGCUGCCCUCGCAACCAGACCUGACAUCAUCCCCGUGUCUUUCUCCCCUGCAAGGAUGGCUGGUGAACAAGAGCGACCGAGAGCAGAGGAUGCUUGGACUCCCCGACUCUCCAGGAAUAGGCGGCAAAGCUUCUAUCAUCGAAUCCCAGCCAGUCGGCACCAUGCCGGACAAAGAUGACACUUCGUCCGGCAACUCGAGCUGGGACCUGGUGGAAUACGAUUCGGACGCCGCGCGCCGAUGUGCUUCCCCAAAGCGAAACGAGGACCCGGUGGCGGCCAGCCAGGAGCUAGCACGCGGACGCGAGGACCGGUCCAAGGCACCAUCCCCGGAACAGCAGACCGUCGAGGCAGAGCCUCCCAGCCCGGCAUCGUCCAUCAUGCUUGGCGAUGCGCCCAUCCCCGAGCAUGCUACAAGUCGGUUCGCCAAUCUAAAUGAGCAGCUACAGCCCAUCGGCGGACUAGGCGACAACACGCGCAGCUUGAUUCGCUACCACAGGCACGUACCCCCUCUGCCUGGGAUGGCGCGAAUUAAUGCUCCGUAA